AUGCAAGACGCUAAGGCAUCUUUAGCUCGACGCAACACCCCACGCAUGGACACGAUCCGUAAAGCAGCAGCAGCUGAAUGUGUGGAUGCUUGCGGUGGAGAAUGGUUAGAAUGCGCAUUGCAAGUGCUUCGAAAGAACGGCUUGCAUCCAAUUGUAUUUGCAGAAGCCGUGCGUGAUCUUUUAGUUAACGGUAGGGGGAAGCACAGAAACAUAUUCAUCGCCGGCCCGGCAGAUUGCGCGAAAACCUUCAUCUUGGCUCCAUUGCAAAAAAUAUUCAUAACUUUUUCCAAACAGGCUGACAAUAAAUAUUCUUGGCUGGACGUUGAGAAUGCAGAAGCUAUAUUCUUAAACGAUUUUCGCUGGAGCCCUGACUCAAUCGCGUGGAAGGAAUUGUUGCUUCUGCUUGAAUGA